GCUUAACCUCAGUUUCAUAAUGUUUGCUCGUCUCUCCGCUUUUACUCUCCUGGCUUUGCCUCUCCUUGCGACCGCCACCGUCCUUCCCCGGCAAGACACUUGCGCUUCCGGUACCGCGCAGUGCUGCAAUUCUGUCCAGAGUUCCUCCUCCAGCAUUGUUCAGACCCUUUUGGGCCUCCUCGGGAUCGCCGUCGGCAGUGUCACCGGUAAUGUCGGUCUUACCUGCGACCCCAUCACUGUCAUUGGCGUUGGUGGCACCGACUGCUCCAACCAACCUGUCUGCUGUACAGACAACAGCUACAAUGGCAUUGUUGCUCUGGGCUGCACCCCCAUCAAUGUUGGCCUCUAAGGGAAUCUUCUACAAGUGCUCAGGAAUGAUUUGAACGUAUCGGCGAUAUUGUAUUCAUUUGUUGGACAAGUAGACAGAUCGAGAAAUCAAUAUGGCUGGAUAAGGAACAUAUAUGUUAUUAAGAACUCGAACAUUCGACGCGAGGUCUUGAACGAAGCGUCCUGAGAAAAUAAAAAAUGUUGGU